AUGGGAUUUCAGUCUGAUCUGAGCGCGUUUGGAAAUGCAACAGAUUGUGAAGAUGGAGUCCAGUGGAUAUUUACAGUAUUCGGCCAAUGUGUCAGAAGUCCAGUAGAAAUAUGGGGAUUCUAUUUGGGUCUAUUUUCCAUCAUUUGCUGGUUUUUCGUUUAUCUACCGCAGCUUUAUGAAAACUACAAGAGGGGGCGCUGUGACGAUGCUUUGUCGAUUUGGUUUUUGCUUUUUUGGCUUCUCGGCGACGCCGCGAACCUGACGGGCUGUUUUCUGACGCACCAAUUUCCUAUCCAGACGAUGACAGCGAUUUAUUACGUAAUCAUGGACGUAGCCAUCAUCGCGCAAUUCUUCUAUUACACCUUCAAAAAUCAACGCUCACCGGACUUUUCUUCUGUUGCUGCCGCUUCUGUCGUUACUGGCAUUUACUUGACUCAAACUGAAAAUAGACCUUUUCGCUUUGAAACCUCCGCUCAAGAAGCCGGCUACAUAAUCGGCCUUCUCUCGUCCGUCUUUUACCUUGGUUCUCGACUGCCUCAAAUCAUCAUGAACUUCAAGCGAGGAAAAACUGACGGCGUUCAUCCUUUCACUUUUCUUCUCGCUGUCGUUGCUAAUUUUGCUUAUGCGUUUUCGGUUCUCAUGAGCAAAGACGACGACGGAAGCUCCUACGAAGAUUUUAUCAUGGACCACUUGCCCUGGCUGACGGGAUCGUUGGGUACAGUCGCGCUUGACUUUACGAUUCUGCUCCAAUGCCUGUGUCUCAACAAGCUCAAUUACGAUGAAAUUGAUGACGAAGAAGACGAGCCACUCCUAUCAAACAGCUAG